AUGGAAGGCGACGACCCAUAUCUUCCCCCAGAAAUCAUCAGAAACAUUCUCAAACGACUCCCGGUAAAACACCUAAUUCGAUUGCAAUGUGUCUGCAAAGAUUGGAAAUAUCUCUUAAAGUUACCAUCUUUCAUCGAAGAACACCUCCACCACUCCACCCAUCAAAACCCUUCUAUUCUUGUCGACGGCCUUUCCCCAACUGAUAUUUUGCAAUUAUAUUUGCUCGAUACUGAGAUGCAACUCCUUGAAGUUCAUAGUGCAAGUCUGAUUGAUCUCCUGCGGGAUGCUACGAUCGUCGAUUCCAGCAAUGGCUUGCUCUGUGUCAGACUCAGUUGUUCAUCUCAUCCCAUCUUAUUGUGGAAUCCAGCAAUGAGGCGGGUCAGAGUAGUGGCUAAAGCUACUAAUUGUUUUGAGGAUAAGUAUUACAAGUUGGGAUUUGGAUUCUGUUCAAUUGUUAAUGAUUACAAGAUUUUAAGAAUUAGUGCUUCUAAUGCGCAGGACUGGCAAGGGGAAGUUUAUUCAGUAAAGACUGGGCUAUGGAAGAAAGUAGAAUGUGGUACCUUUGAUGGUGUAUCUAUUUGGUGUAGCAGUGUUGUUGCUAAUGGAAACAUCUUCUGGUUUGGAUUUAAGCCAAAUGGGGAGAGCAGAGUUCAUUUGUUAGUCUCAUAUAACUUGGCACUAGAAGUGUUUACGUUGAUACCAUCACCUAUUUCAUUUCUUAAACCAAUAGAUUUACUUCUCUCCAGGCUUACUGUUUAUGAGAAUAAACUUGCUAUACUUUCUCACUAUACCAUUGACUUUGAAUCUUCUGUGAUUGAUUUGUGGGUAAUGGAGGAGGAAACGGGUACAUCUGACGAAAGAUGGGAUUGGACUAAGAAAUAUAGCAUCAGCCACCCUUGUUGGUUAGUUCCAAGGACUAUUUGGAGGAAUAAUUUAGUCUGCUAUCUUGAUAUAGUGGCGUUUAGACGAAUUAGUGCAAAUGAUGGAAAAAAUAUUGUUUUGGUCAAUCUAACUACUAAUGAAUUUAAGAUAGUUGUUAUCCAUAAAUGUGGCAUCGGUUAUCCUGUUUUGAACUACGUGGAAAGUCUUGUGCCAGUUGAAAAUGACUACACUGAAGAACUUUGA